AUGAUAUCUCGGGGUAUAUUAUCAAAAAAAUGUAAUAUUAAUUUAUGCAAAUAUUUUUCAUCAAAUAUUGUAUCAAAAAAAUUUUCUGCUAGUGAAUUAAUAAAAAAAUCUCCUAAAUCAAUUCAACCAUAUUUAUAUUUAAUGAGAAUUGAUAAACCAAUAGGAACAUGGUUAUUAUAUUGGCCUUGUACAUGGUCUAUUGCUUUAGCAACUCCACCUGGUGAAUUACCAUCUUUAUAUAUGUUAGGAUUAUUUGGAGUUGGUUCUAUACUCAUGAGAAGUGCAGGUUGUAUUAUAAAUGAUUUAUGGGAUAAAGAUUUUGAUAAACGUGUUGAAAGAACAAAAAAUCGACCACUUGCAUCUGGAAUAUUAUUACAAUUAAAUUGGUUGGCUGUUGGUGUUGGUGCCUCAUCAAUGGUAUUAGUUAUUGGGUAUCCUUUAGCUAAACGUUAUACUUAUUGGCCACAAUUAAUUCUUGGAGCUACAUUAAAUUGGGGCGUCUUGAUAUCAGGAUGCCAUUUAUGUUUUGCCUCAGCAUCAUCAGGUUUAACAUUUAACUAUGGUACUAUCUUAGGAUAUAUAUCUGUGGCAAAUGAAAUACCACUUUCUAUAUUAAUUCCUAUAUAUGUUGCUGCAAUUAACUGGACACUUGUAUAUGAUACAGUAUACGCACAUCAGGAUAAAAAAGAUGAUAUUAUGAUUGGAGUUAAAUCAACAGCAUUAAAAUUUGGUGAUAAAACAAAAAAAUGGUUAAGCGGAUUUUCAACAAUUACAAUGUCUGGAUUAUUUUUAGCUGGAUAUAUGGCUGAUCAGACAUGGCCUUAUUAUUUAGCAAUACUUGCUACAUCAGGACAUUUAGCAUGGCAAAUAAAAACUGUUGAUUUAAAUAAUAGUAAUGAUUGUUGGGAAAAAUUUAAAUCAAAUCAUUAUCUGGGAGCUUUAUUGUUCGCGGGUAUCUAG